UCAGCAUGGACGACAUAGUGAUAACACGUGAUCGGGACGAUGUAGAGAUGGAAGAUGAUGAGAUUGACAGGCUCAAGAAAUCUGCUUCUAAGAGGAAAGGACGAGGUCUAACAGCCAAAUCAGAGGUUCUGAGAGGAGACUUUGAAGAGUUGGAGGGAGACACUCGUCCAGGGGGCCCCCAGAAGUCCAUUGAGGGGUGGAUCAUAUUCGUCACUAACGUCCACAUUGAGGCCACUGAAAAUGAUAUCUUCGAUAAGUUCUCAGAGUUUGGUGAUAUAAAGAACCUACACGCUAACCUAGAUCGGAGAACUGGGUACCUUAAAGGAUACAUAUGUAUUGAAUACGAACAGUAUAAUGAAGCACACACAGCGGUAGAGCAGAUGAAUAACGCGGACUUCCUUGGCCAGGAACUCAAAGUAGACUGGGCCUUUGUUCGGCCGGGCAAGAAGAGUAGUGCGAAGAGAAAGGAGAGGAGACGCGGUCGUAGUCCCAGUCCUGAGAGUGAUUAGUGAAGGUGUAGCGCGUGAUGUCAUGUCACGUGGUGUGGUGUCAAGUCACGUGGUGUGGCGUCGUGUCACGUGGUGUGACGUCAUGCCACGUGGUGUUUGUUUGAUGUCGUGAAGAGAUAACCAGACUUUACUGAUGACUACCUAUGAUAAGCUACCGUACCUUCCGAUUAUUUAAAUCGUGGAAAUAUUUUAUUGUUGUUUUAUCAAUUUGAAAGGUACGAAAGGUACAUUAUUUUAUAAUAUUUAUUCAAAGUUAAAUAAACACUUUGAAAUCAGACUCGGUAUUUCCGUUUACAUAAACCUACUUCCAGUUUAGUUCUCAUAUAAUUAUAUAUUAUUGGUCAGUCCUCCUUUUUCCACCCAGUUGAGAAAUAAUAUUACUGUUGUUGAACUGUUCCCUCUGAAGUGUUUCAAAUGCUUACAAUAUAUUGCUGACUUUCAAAUCCCGUCCACAA